CGAUUUCAUCUACCUUCCAUUUUUCGUUCUUACUUUCUCGGGCGCUGUUCAUAUUCAAUUCCGAAUUCCAAAUUCCAAUUGAUUUGAGGCUUUUACCACUGAUUUCCAGAUCUACUCUUAAUUCUCAAUCUUCCGGUGAUACUGAAUCAGAAUCCGGCGAAAAUGUCCACCGACAGCGACGACCUGGAUGAGGAUGAACUGCUGCGGAUGGCUCUUAAGGAGCAAGAACAGCGCGAUGUCAAUUAUGUCUCUAAAUCUGGGAAGCCCGUUGCUAAUUACGUCCGACCGUCGGCUCACUCCCGGAAAUCGGCUUCUGCAGCUGCUGUUUCUUCUAAAACUAGUGGCAGUAAAGCGCAGCCUAAGGGUGGUAGGAGAGUUGUCGACGACGAUGACGAUUCGGAGGUCGAGAUGCUGAGCAUUUCCAGUGGUGAUGAGGAUUCCACCAAUUAUCGUCGAACGUCCGCAGUUAGAGGUCGCGGCGGUAAGGCGGCUAGGUCCUCUGGUAGGGACGAUGAUCCUGGCUGGGACGGCGAGGAGCCUCAUUGCUGGAAGCAUGUUGAUGAAGACGAGCUUGCUAGAAGAGUACGUGAAAUGCGGGAGACAAGAACAGCACCGGUUCCUCAGAAGUUUGACCGAAAGGUAUCUGCCAUUGGUAGACCGGGGCUCAGCCAUUUGCAGUCAUUCCCUCGUGGCAUGGAAUGUAUAGAUCCACUUGGGUUGGGAGUAAUAGACAACAAAUCAUUAAGAUUGAUUACGGAGACAUCUGAGAGCUCUCCUAAAUCUGAGAAAAAUUUCAUUGAUGGUGCCUUCCGAGACAAGUUGAUGUAUUUCUCUGAAAAAUUUGAUGCAAAACUUUUCAUUUCUCGGAUACACCAAGACACAAGUGCAGGAGACUUGGAGAAAGGCGCUUUUUCUAUAAAAACUGACCUUAAAGGACGGACGCAGCAAAGAAAACAGUUAGUCAAAGACAAUUUUGACUGCUUUGUAUCAUGCAAAACCACAAUUGAUGAUAUUGAGUCCAAGUUGAGACGAAUUGAAGAAGACCCUGAAGGUUCUGGAACUUUACAUUUGUUUAAUUGUAUUCAAGGAGUAAGCAAGCAAGCCAAUCGGGCUUUUCAGUCUCUGUUUGAAAGACAGGCGCAAGCUGAAAAGAUCAGAUCAGUUCAAGGAAUGCUGCAAAGGUUCAGAACGCUUUUUAACUUGCCAAGUACCAUUCGCAGCAGCAUUAGUAAGGGUGAAUAUGACCUGGCAGUUCGGGAGUACAAAAAAGCAAAGUCAAUUGCUUUGCCAUCUCAUGUGGGAAUUUUGAAAAAAGUUCUUGAAGAGGUUGAAAAAGUGGUGCACGAGUUCAAAGGCAUACUUUACAAGUCAAUGGAAGACCCAAAAAUAGAUUUGACAAACCUUGAAAACACUGUGAGACUACUACUGGAGCUGGAUUCUGAAUCAGAUCCUGUGUGGCAUUAUUUAAACAUACAGAAUCACAAGAUACGAGGUUUGCUUGAGAAGUGCACCUUAGAUCAUGAGUCAAGAAUGGAAGCUUUGAAUACUAAAAUGCGUGAAAGAGCUAUUGCUGAUGCAAGAUGGAGGCAGAUUCAACAAGAUCUGGAUCAAUCUUCAGAUGUUGAUCAUUCUUCUGUUAGGGUUGGCCAUCUCCCAGUGGGUGUGGAACUCGUGGAAGUAAAUAGUGAAGAAGUUGAUGCUCUCAGAGGUAGAUAUAUUCAGAGAUUGACAGCUGUACUUAUCCGUCACAUACCAGUGUUUUGGAAAACUGCUCUUUCUGUUUUCAGUGGGAAAUUUGCCAAGUCUUCUCAAGUUUCUACUGAAUCAAGUACAAACACCUCGGCUAGCAAAAAUGAGGACAAGGUUGGUGAAGGGAAGUACUUGAAUCAUUCUCUCGAGGAAGUUGCUGGGAUGAUACGCAAUACACUGUCUGCAUAUGAAGUAAAGGUUAACAGCACCUUUCGUGAUCUUGAAGAAUCAAAUAUUCUUCAGCCGUAUAUGAGUGAUGCCAUAAAUGAAAUAUCUAGCACAUGUCAAACUUUCGAAGCGAAGGAAUCAGCUCCUACAAGUGCUGUGAUUGCACUGCGAACACUUCAAUCAGAGGUGACAAAGAUUUAUAUUUUAAGGCUUUGUGCCUGGAUGCGAGGCUCCAUCGUAAAUAUUUCGAAAGAUGAAACAUGGGUCCCUGUGUCAAUUAUUGAGAGGAAUAAAUCUCCAUACACAAUCUCUUUCUUGCCUCUAGCAUUUCGAUCUAUCAUGUCUUCUGCAAUGGAUCAAAUAAAUUUUAUGGUUCAGUCUUUAACAAGCGAGGCUUCGAAGUCGGAGGAUAUAUUUUUGCAACUUCAAGAAAUUGAGGAAUCUGUUAGACUUGCAUUUUUGAACUGUUUCCUUGAUUUUGCAGGUCAUCUGGAGAAUAUUGGAAAUGGGCUUAUCCAGACCAAACAAAACAAAGACAAUCCACACUUGCAGAAUGGAUUUUCUCAUGAAUUUCAGGACAAACUACUUUCAGAUGUGUCUGGGAAUUUUGUGAAUCCACAUCAACAAUUGUUAAUAGUCUUGAGUAAUAUUGGUUUUUGUAAAGAGAACCUUUCGUGUGAAUUGUACAGCAAGUACAAGCAUAUUUGGUCACAUUAUAGGGUAAAAACUGAAGAGGAUAGCAGUGACCUUCAAGAUCUUGUUAUGUCCUUUACUGCAAUUGAAGAAAAGGUCCUUGAACAGUAUACCUAUGCAAAGGCAAACUUGAUGAGAACAGCUGCUACUAACUAUUUACUGGAUUCCGGAGUCCGCUGGGGAGCUGCUCCUGCAGUUAAAGGUGUGCGUGAUGCAGCUGUAGAGCUUCUCCACACUCUUGUGUCUGUCCAUGCUGAGGUUUUUGCUGGUGCUAAGCCCCUUUUGGACAAGACACUAGGCAUUCUUGUUGAAGGUUUAAUUGAUACUUUCCUCAGCAUUUUUGAUGAAAAUGGAACAACAGAGCUACAGUCACUUGAUACAAAUGGUUUCUGUCAACUCAUGCUUGAGCUCGAGUACUUCGAGAUCAUAUUAAAUCCUUAUUUCACACCGGACGCAAGGGAGUCUUUGAGGUCUUUGCAAGGAGUGCUUUUGGAGAAAGCUACUGAAAGUGUGACAGAGGCAGCUGAUAAUCCAGGCCAUAAUCGUCGGUCAACUCGUGGGAGCGAGGAAGCUCUAGAUGAACGACAGCAAGGAGCAACUGCCCCAGAUGAACUUAUUGCACUGGCACAGCAGUACAGCACAGAGUUGCUUCAACAAGAGCUCGAGAGAACACGAAUAAACACCGCUUGCUUUGCAGAGUCGAUUCCAUUAGAUUCUGUUCCUGAACCACUCAAGGCAGCAUACACUUCAUUUAAUGCCACUUAUAGAGGAGGCAUAACUCCCACGGGGUCUCCUAGUUUCUCGUCCCGGAGCAGGCGUCGCUUAUAACCUUAGAUUCUUGUUUGCUUGAUGGAUUUUCCCAUGUCAGAGCAGAACUACUUUGCGGUUUUGUUCAUUCUUGUAAGUAAAUCUUCAUUGGUCAUCCUAGUUUUAUUUUUCCCCAUGGUCAGUUUUUGCUGUAUAAUUGAUGUCUAUUAUUUACUUUCAGGGAUGUGGAAUUGUUUAUAUCGUCCCAAGUUUACUUAACAAAUAAUUAGUGUCGACAUUAUGUUCGGUUUCUUGGUCUAUACAUUUGUGAAUGUCUGCUUUCUAUCUUAGAAGUUUCAAGUCUUAAUUGUUGUGCU